AUGCGCUUCUCAACCGGCGUCGUCGCCGCCGUGCUGGCCGCUCUCCCCUUGGCCGCUGCGUGGCCUGCCGAUCUUACACGCAGCGCCACGGGCUUCUGCCAGAGCGAUCCUAGCCCGGAGCUGCUGGCGAUGCACAAUAACAUCGUCAGCGGCGAUCAAGCAACCCUGGACUUGAUUGCCCAGGGCGAGGCGAUCAUCCAGGAAGCGCUCGCCAAGUCUGAGAGUGGUUUAUACGCCCGCCAUGCCACGGGCAUGACUGUAACGAAGCGUGAAAAUGGCGCGUCGCUGAUUACUCUCGACGCCUGGUUCCACGUCGUCUAUAGUAGCGAGACUGCUAAGGGCGGUUACCUGACUGAUAAGAACAUCCAGGACCAGCUCAAGGCCCUCAACAAGGCCUUUGAACCCAGCAACCUGGCCUUCCGGCUGGUUAACACUACCUACACCGAAAACGAGACCUGGGCUAGCUCCUCUAGUAAGAAUAUGGAAAUUAUAGCGAAGAUGAAGCGCAAGCUACACCAGGGCAACGCGAGCACGUUCAACCUCUACCUGCUUCCCGGCUUCGGCACCGGCGGGUAUUGUACCUUCCCCGACGAGAUUGACCCCGAGGUCCCUGAUACGCUCCUACAGGACGGCUGCUUAGUCGGCUCCUUCACGCUGCCAGGCAACGACAACGUCUUUAACAUGGCGCUGACGGCCGUGCACGAGGCCGGUCACUGGCUCGGCCUACUGCACACCUUCACUGACGGCUGCGACGAUAGCCGCCCUGGUGACUAUAUUGACGAUACCCCGUACGAGAAGACUGCAAACUACGGCGAGUGCCCGGCCAAUCGCGACACCUGCCCCGACCUGCCCGGCCUCGACCCCAUCGAUAACUACAUGGACUAUUCGAGCGAGUGA